ACAGAAUGAGAUGGAUAGGGAUGGGGUGAUCUUGUGCACGUAGGGAAUUGGGGGGAGUUUGUUGCAACAUAUUUUUUCUUGACAGGUAUGCGCAGCUGGAAGAGAGUUUGUGAACUGGAACGAUUACGGUACAAAUCUUCGGUGCAGACAGAAAACUUUGACUUUUUGUCUAUGCAUCUGAAAAAUGGAGUCUCAUUUCAGCAAAGCAGACAGGGAGUAGCCUCAUGCAGUACUGGACUCAAUUUGUCUCAACCUUUCGGACAUACAGUAUGUUAGGGUUGGUCUUCCAUUUCCCUGGGAAUACUGAGAUUACAGCACGGAGCGUGGACUCCAGCACAGGUGAGUACACUUAUUAAAGACCCUGUUUUUACCACAAAUUGUUUUGUGAUGAGAUGCAUUUAUAUAAGGCUCCCUUCCAGACAUAUUCAGAGGGACCUUUGACUGAGUGAACAGGUCAAAAUUAAGUGUGUUUUUCAGGGGCGUAUUGUAGACCUAUUCACACAUUCUGGUUUUCAUGAGACUUCAUCAAUUCAGAUUUGACGAACAAGAUUUGACCAACUUCUUUUAAUCAGUUGCACUAUGACCUUUAACCUUCUUUGAGUGGACAGAAAAGAUUGAAAUAGUGUACAAUUUUAGAUGCCAGACAUCAGUUGUCUGAAACUUAUGUUGUCUCAGACAAAGAGACACAGGAAGCAAGAGAGCAGCCUGUUCAUCUUCCACCCAUCGCAGAGAUUAGUGGUUACUCCUCCCAUUUUCUUGGCUCAUUUUCAGCCUCGUCUAUUUCAAUCUGACCAGCUGUGAUGAGGGCAUGCCAGUGACGAUCUCAAAUUCAAGACCUCCUCAAGCACACACUCGCUAAAAGUUUCCUCACCUCUCUGUCUUGGCUGUAGUCUUUCAUUAAGUGCGGUUUGUUGGUGGUUUUCAGUGCGUCUGUGCAUGUGUGUGUUUGUGUGCUUGAUUUCAACAAUGUGUUGAUGUGAAAAACUGAAGCCUGGAUAUCUGAGAUUUCGGGUGUGUAUAUUCAUCUUGUGUACUUCAACAGUAGUUACUGUAUGUCACUUUAUUUGUCUUUAUCCUGGUCAAUGGAUGAGGUCUUUGUACAGUCACUGAGCCUGUGCCCACUGACUGCACUUUUUUGUGAUGGCAAAACCAUUGCAGAUAAGCAUUUUCAACACUCAGUGUCCUUCGUACAAAAAAUAUCUUCAUUGUCAGCUGUGUUUUAUAACUUUCAAUUAGGAAUAGUAUAUAAUUUUCAAACACUGCUACACUCAUCAAUAUCGCUUCUCCAUCACUGGCCAAUCAACAUUUUGAAAGGCAGGGCUGUUGAGAUCGACUUUGUCAACCUCAUAUCCAUUGUUAAGGGUUGAAUUUCCUGGUUUAAAGCUGUAUCUUAUAAUGUCAUGAUUCUGAUUCAAUUUUGUUUUUAACAAUUCUUUUUAAAAGGUCCUCAGAUAAAAGUAACUGUAAACACACUCAGCAGUUACUAUCAAGACAACUUUUUAACCUAGCAACAGUAGGCAGUGCCAAGAAGUGCUCUAAAUUUGAGGUGGCGGGCGCUGCCAGUGCAAAUUCUGCUGGCAGUGGGUACAGGCCCUUGAUGUGUUUGUUGCUGUCACUACAUUCAUUAAAAAUAAAAGCUGUAAUGUGAAUGUUACCACAAGGUAGAUCUACUUAUCUGACUGGUGCUGAACCCCAAAAUGUUGGUCAACCUGGGUUUCUUUUUUGACUUUUGCAGCAACAAAACACGCCUUUCUUUUCUCACUCUCUCUCGACUGUACUUAUUAUGUGUCUACUCUGCAGCCUCCUAAUUUUAUCUGUACAUCUGUAAAGGUUGAGAGAAGUUAACCAUUGCAAAAGAACUUGUUUCAUUUCCCUGGAAGAAAAGAAAUUGCCUCCUUUCGAUUUAAAAAGUUUCUGGGGAGUCUGUAUAUUCAAUAAAUGAGUAUAUUUUAUCAACCAGCUAAACAGUUAAACUUGCUAGGUAGUGUUUUCCUUUGCCAUGUCGUCAGCCUGUAACUUCAAAGCUAACAAACAAAAUGACAGUAUUGAUUAAGAAACUGGAACCAGUAUGAACAUUUUUUAAAACCUUUUAUUCAAAAUAGGAGAAUGCUAAAUCAACUAUUAGCUUGUCAAAACCAUCAAACUGUUAUUUUGGGCUUAUUGCAGACUGACAGGACAAUCGUUCUUCUUACUGACUAAGCAGAUCUGUCUGAACUGCUGGUUAAGCCCACUGAGAGACAGUUCAUCUGUUUCUUCACACUCCAUACAGUAUAUCUCACUAAGGGACAACCGUGACCCAUUACAUUUUUAACUUAUGUAUAGUUGCGUGCAACUGGAUCAGGGCCUGAUGAAUACCAGCCAGCUCAGGGAUGGAAGUGAUAGUACUGGGAGAAGUCAGGGUGAUGGGUUAAGGAGGGAGCAGGCGGGGACUUCCUCAGGCAUCUAUGGAGGGGGUUUACAAUGCAGAACAAGUGCAUGUACAGGUCACAGAGGACCGGAGUGUUAAACUAAGACCCAGAUUGCACACUGUCUGAGUAGCUGUUUUUCUUUGUGUCAUAACUCUUAUUGUGAUCUAAAAGCCAGGAACAGGUCUUGAUAAACAGCCAGGGAUGUUACAUGAAAGCAGAGUCUUCUUACAUGUUCCUAUAGUGCAAUGUAGUGUGAUACACCCCCGAGCAGCGCCUGAUUUCCAAAUAAAGAUAUUCAUGUAUAUUGCAAUACCACCGGGCCCUGUAAACCUCAUCACAUUUAAGAUUAGCUGCUGAAACAGAUCUCUCCUUAUCUGAUCAGAGUGUGUGUGUGUAUGUGCGUGUGUAUGUAUGUGUGUGUAUGUGUGAGUAAAUGAGAGCUCUGUCAUCGAGCGCUCACACUCAGCCCCUCCAUAAACACUCUAAACCAGUUGAGGUGGAGUCUCACAGCUGCCUCUGCUUGUGCAUGCUCAAGUGUGUGUGUGUGUGUGUGUGUGUAGAUGUGUGUGCUUGCACAGGUUAGAGGUCACGGCCCUGCUCUUCAACACUGUAUCCAAUGUUUUCCUCCCCUUCCAGCAGUCCAUGACAUUUUAAGUUAAAUUCCUCCCUGUUUGUGUGAGCUGUGAUCUCUGUAAUGACUUUAUGUGAUUGUUAGUAUACCGCCAUGUCCUCCUUGGCUGCUCCCUCAGCUGUGCUGUGAUUACAGGACGGGAUCAGGUAAGUGUUUACAUGUCCCUGUUUUAAGUCAUUGCUUUACUUUUGAAAUGGUCAGAAACAGAAAAGUGUCUGAUAUGAUAUGUAAAUUUGGAUUUAAAAGGGAAGGAUCUUUAAGAUCUUUAAAGAGAUAACUAGUUACACUUAGCAUUGGCUAUUUAUGUAUUUAUCCCAACUAGUUGGUGUUUGUGUCUGCUGGCGUGUGAAGUCCUCCGCUGAGGUUAACGGCUCUACUACACUGCCCUCUAGUGGUAGACCCCUGCAACACCGUUCACCGCAAAGAGGCUUUAACCACUGUAUGUAUGCUUCAAUUAUAAUGCAAGUCUUUCUUAUUAGAUGGCUCCUUGUUUGUGAUGUUAUGUACAUGCUGAUGCAUGUGAUGAAGUGAUGAUUAUUCCAGCAAUGCUUACAUGCCUUUACAUCACUGUAUCAUAAAAAAUAAAUGUACCACAAGCAUUCGUUUUAAUAUAGACACAGUGAACAGAGUGAUGUGAAGUAGUGAACUAAAGCUGUUUGAGGGAUAUGAGAAAAAAGCAACAGCUUAAUGCUUUGAAGAACCAGCAUGCAGAAAGUUGUGAUCAUUGGACUUUGAAUAUCCAAAACUUAAAUUCUUGUAUUUGUGUACUGGUCAUGCAAUAAAAUGAAAAGAAAACACAAAAUCAUUAUUAAAAAAAUGAUGAUUAUUAUCAUAUAAAACUCAUAUGCUAGCAAGAUUUAAUCAGUUAUUUUCACAUGGUUAGGUGCCAACCUGAAAAUUCACUGAUUUCAAUUUUAAGAGACAGGACUGAAUGUAACUCAUUUUCUUUUUCUCAUUUGUGCCUUUUUCAAGUAAGGAAUUGAGAUAAGAAUAUUAAUAUGAUGCAUUAUUAUUAUGUUUUUUCUAGGUCACUAGAUUAUACACAGGAGUACUAUAACAGUAUGAUGAUAGCUGAGUAGAUAGUGAAGACAGAGAGGGUAAACAGCACUUAUUUGUGUGUGCACUAAUACCAGAGCCACCCCUGCUUAUGUCAAUACUCCUGUUAGGUUGUCCCAGUCAAAACUGUCUGGAUAGGCCCAUAUUUGAGAGGACACUUUUGCUACCUCUUUGAAAACCAGGGAUAGAGGAGUACCCCUCCUGUCCCCUUUUUAAGAACACCAUAGGUGUCUAUAAUAGCAACCUGCUUAAUUAUGACCAGUAUUUGACAGCUUUUAGACAUUGUGAGUCUUGGUAAGUUUAUAAUGGUACUAUCAAAGUUUCUACUUUCCUCUUUGCUUCAUCAUCUUCAUCAUUGCCCUUAUUUUCUUUUGCCCUUUUUUUUGUUGUCCAUGCAACCCCCCCCCCCCCCCCCCAAAAAAAAAAGUACCCAAAAUAGUCAUGCAAGUGCAGCUUGUGACUUUCUUGGUUACAAAACACCCUAGAUAACACACAAUCAAUAUUUGCAGAAAGACUGUUUUUCAGAUUGUGAUACAUACGCAAAGCUUGUGAAAAACAGUCAGAAUGCCUUUACUGUGAUGGUGUCUGGAAACAAACUUCAGUGCAUUUUGGCAUCAACCUGGCAGUGUCAUCACAAAGAAGCCAUUGAAACAGUUUCAAGGGUGUGCUUCAGAGUUGUUUUUUUUCUUGUUCUAUGUUACAAAACUCUCUAAACUUCUGUUAAAUUCAUGAAACUCUGCCCAGUGAUACCAAACAGCACUCCUUUGUCAGUCAAUGCUUUAAUAAUUGUCUCUCAGCAGGAUCUUGAUCGACCCACUUUAGAUUUAGACACACUUUGAGUAAACAUGAUAUUUAUUCCUCCCUCUGUCAUGAAAUGGACUCUGUAUGGUGAAUGAUUCCAUAAUUAAAGACUCUUGUGAUCCAUGUUCUUCUUGCAUCAGGAAAUGACUUAAGAUAGACUUACACCCCUUACAAAUCCUCACACCCUCCUGGCUUUCCUGCGUCUGUCUCUCUUCAUGUUUUCACACACGCACUUGUCCACAAAUGGCAGAAGUGCUGCUAGUCCAGGCGGGCAGAGUUCCCGGGUCUGGACUGAGGAAGAGCAGGUGUGCUGCUGUCAACAGAGACUCAUAAAUACUUGGCUCAUGAUUACGCUUCUAUGUCAUUAUAUUUAAGGUUCUGUCAGCAAACACUUUGAAGAGCAUCAUCUCACGCCCAAAAGAAAAUUAGGCAAUCAGACUUUGAUACUAAUUUAAAACAAAAUAAAAACUCAUUCAAAGGAUGUUUUGAUUGUUUUUCAUGAAUUGGUACAAUUUUGAUUAGUAUAUAGAGUUAAAGGCUAAAGAAAUACUUCCUGUCUUUCUUACAUGCUUUCGACAGAUGGAAAAAGAGUUUUAUUGCUGCUGAAGACACCUUAAACAAAUAUGUACCCAACAGUGACAUAUUUACCACUAUGCAUGUCGUUUUUUUAGUCUCAUAUGUCACUCUGCAGACAUGAGACCCUGCUGUGUCCAAAUAAAGGCUGCAAGAAGCACCACUGCCAUUCUGACUGCAGGCCUCAUUCCUCUGUUAUCACCCAUGAUGCUUUGCAGCGCACCAUUCCUCUGGCGUCUUUGCAGGCUCCAUAUGUUGAGCGCGGUGUGUCCUGCACGCUAGGAAUAAGUCUGAAUCAUCUCCAAUUACACCUCCUCCCACAGAUUGUUUGGUGUCACUCACCGUCUGCAGGCUGGACAGGAUAAUUCUGCGGCUGCAGUGUAAAAGGACUCUUCCACAGUUCUUUUGGCACGCAGUGUGGGUAUUACAACUUCAUUCAAACUUUGAAAUGUAGAAGGACUGCUCUGGGUGUUAACAAGCUGAAGCUUAAACAUUCACCCCUUUCUUGAGCUUGUUCUGCCUCAGUUUGAUCAAAAUGAAAACACUUUAAAGUCUGCAGUCACUCCAGCAGAUAAUAAAACACUUCUAUAAGAGCCCUUUAACUUUGACUGGAUCAGUCUGAAGGUCUGAAACUAAAGCUGUUCCAUUCAUUCAUCUGACAUUUAAAUGCAGAAGCUGUCGUGAUAUCAGAUUAUGAGCAGCUCAGACAUAGAGAGUGCACAUCAAUCACUGCUCCUAUGUGAAAAUAGAAAGUGAAACAGAGCAGAACAAGCUCAUAUUUUGCUCCACCGAGAAGCCUUUCAGCUCUUGGACUGAAUCACAUCCUCAUAUGUACAGCUAAGUGCAGUGCAAAAAGAGUUGAUGGUACUGAAGCACUGCACUAUGAGCAGUGAGAGAGGACUGAAUGACCUCAUAGAGGUCUGUGGGUUUAAAAUGCCAUGCAGGGACAAACUGUGUAAAAUAAUCCUCCUGGUUCUGAAUGGAAACACCAUCUGUCCAUCUCAGGUCUUUUGUCGCUCCACUUUUGCUUUAACAACCCUCUUUUAAUUGGGGGCCAGAGGUGGACUGAAUGGUGACAUUGUUGCCUCCUGGGAACAACAUCCUGAUGCUGUCUGAGUGUGUGAAGCAGAACUCCAGCAUCAGUGAUUUUGUUGCCAGGGGGACGACUUUACCAGCAUGACCUCCUGAUAAAACUAGUGCCUAGUUGGCAGUAGCAAAAGCACAGUGUCACAUACAGCAGCAGCCACACUAAAGAUGUCCAGAAGCAGCAGUUACGGUAUUUUUGUCUUUAUAUACAGUAUGCAGCAUGCAUACAGCAUUUAGCAAUGAUUUCUUUUUGGUAAAUGCAGCAUUAUCAGCACAAGCCACGGUAUACAAAAUGAGCAUAACAAGCCUAUGAUUUAACUAGUAUGUUAUUAUUAACGCUCAUUCAUGAUUAUUUAGCCAAUUUCAUAAGGCAGUAAGAGCAAUACUGCAGCUCUUUCUUCUAUCUGUCUGAAGAUCACAGCUGCCUGCUUUUCUGCAUUCAACCUCUAGAGGGAGCUAAUUUUCAUUGUUGUACCUGACAAUAUAACAGAGUCAGAGGAGCCUACUGAAACCAGCAUGCAACCAUAAUAUAUGCAGAGUUGUUGUGUUUUUUUUUUUUUUUUUUUUUGGUCAUUUCUUUCCUCCAUCGAUAAAGAAAGAGGAAACAUGGGGAGUGACAAUGCAGCAAAGGGUCACGACCUGGAGUUAAACCAGGGACUGUCGUGUAUGCUGGCCUUGAAGGUCAGCAGCACAAAUAUUAUUUAUCAGUACAUUAAUAUUUUGUUUAUAUUACACAAAACAUUUUCAUUAUACUAUGACAAUGUUUCAUAUAACCCAAAAACAUUUUACAAACACACAAAACUCAACUCAAAAUGUAUUUUAUAUUUUUAUAUUUAAUAAAUUCUAAAGACAAAAAAAUAUAUAAAUAUAAAUAUAAUAAUAGAUAUAAAAAAAUAUUUGCAGAAACAAAAAUAAAAAAAUAUGCUUUGAAAAAAGGGGAACAAAACAAACAAAAAAUUAUUUGCAAACACAAAUUGAUUUUGAAAACACAAAAAUAUUUACAUACAUACAUUUAUAAUAUUCAUUUGACCAAGAAAUAUUUCACCUUCUGAAAAUAUUUUGCUGCAAAGAAUGUCUGUAAGAGCAGAAAUGGUGGGACCAUACUUAAACAAAUCUCAGGCACUGUCAGUGUAUCUUAGCAACAGUCACAUACGUUUAAAGGUGUAUCCACACAGAUCUGUGAGGGAGCAAAAUAAAGUAAUCUUUUAUCCAAUAGUAUUUUAUCACAAAAUUUACCUCUGAUCAAAUUUGAUGUGCAAAAUUAAUGUCACAGAAUACAAAAUUUGCACGUCAGUGGAAGUAAUGUGCUAAAAAAGUGUUGAGUGGCUUCGUUAGUUACAACUAGGGCAGCUGGCUUGUGCCCUGGUCAUUUAAGUCUCCUCUAGUUGAAAAAUGUCACAGACAGCUUGGCCUUUGCAUGUCAGUAUCAUGUUUGAAUAAAAAUCCUCCUCUUUUUCUUUUAACAGUUUAACUUUUCACACACCUUAAAACGGUGAAAAAUGUCAACAAGGCCUGACAUUUAACAAAACUUUAACAUAUUCAAUCCCGUUUCUGAUGCUCUGAUUGGUUUUCUGGGUUCAUAAGGAUGCAUCAGUAUUACUUUAGUUUAGCUUUAAACCUUUGAAUUAACCCACUUAGAAUAACUUUCAUUCACAUUAAUGAUCAGGAGAAUAGCUGAUCUGAGCAAACCUGAGGACUUUUUAUGUUAUGUGCUGUUUCUGAGUAAAACUGACAGCAGUGUACUGACUCUUAAAGUUCCCACAGGGAGUUUUUUUAUUUGGUUGUGAAGCAAACUGUUAACUCUUUAUGUCUUACAAAAGCUAACAAGACCAUCAGGAUAAUUGUUGGCUGUUCUUUAUAGUCACAUUUAAUGCCUGAAGUUGCUGCCACAGGGUAAGUGUCAAAGAAAUGAUACAGAGCAUGCUGCUGAAACAGGAAAAGGUUUUUGAUGGCCAAUACAUUUGACUGCGAGAAGAAAGUGGGGUGAAAUUUUAUUGUAAUAAAAAAGUAAUCUAUGUGACAGUUAUGAGCUGAGAGGACCUGCUCACAGGGGGCGCCAAAAUUGACACAAACCAGUUCCUCCUGAGAGCUGUUGUGUUGGUUGUCAGUUCAACUGUAUGAAUGAGCAGCUUUGGAGAUAAGCUGCUAAUUUCACUGCUGUAACCUCACUGUCAUUUGUAUGAAGUGUGAAGCUGCAGGGGGGAAAUUACUUGAAAUCAUGCAGCAGUUUUGCUCUGUGUCACUGUGACAUCUUCUGCUGUUAAUCAUUCAGGCAGCUGUGUUACAUUAGAGCAGAUAAGUUAUUGAUCCUCGUCCUUCACUCUGCUGCUGCAGAAAUGCCCACAGCCCCCAGAGAGUCUACUGUAAAUGUGAGCUCUUUGCCCUUUCUCUGUCCUCACAUCCUUUCUCAUCUCUUCCUCAUCACUUCCCUUCACCCUCCUUUUACCCAGCUUAUCCCUCUUUUCUAUUCCCUUUCUGUCUUUUCUCCCUUAUUCCCCUCUCUCUAUCCUGCCUGCUAGUUGGGGCACCUCUCUCUCUUUUUAUCUGCUCCCCCCUCUCUCCUCUUUUUGUCCGUAUGUACUGCCUAUAUCCUCCGCUGUCCUCUAUGAGGUUUCUGCCAUACUGUAAAAGCCGGAGGGAUGAGUGGGGGAAACAGAAUACAAGGUAGGUUCAGAAAUAUGCUAAUGUCAUGCAUGCACAGAGGAUGCAGAGAGUGUUGCAAUAUAUUUUGCAGUGUCAUGAUGCAGCAAGAUUUUGAAGCAAUGCAUCAGUUGACGAGCCUGUCUCUGCACUUCUGUUCAUAGAGUUUAAAUACUGCAGGGAAGGAGCUACUUUGGUGAUUUCCUUGGAUGGUUUGAAUUGGCUCGCUAAAAGGCGAUGGAAGGGCGAAAGAAUCAAGAAAAGGUAUUAUUUGGAUUUUUUGACUGUCUACAUAUGCACUCUUUAAAUGUCAGUAAAGUUUGCCAGAGUCAGAUUCCAUGUAUGUGCACACAUACCUGGUCAAUAAAGCUGAUUCUGAUUCUUCCUCUGUCAUAUUUGUGGUACUUAAAAGCGCCUGUUUGUGUAUGAUCAGUUUGGGAGGGCUAUUAUUACCUGUGUUUCCUCCACCUGUUACACAAUGAAGUGUUAAUUCACCCGAAACAGGGCAGAUUACAGGCUCUGUGGCCUUCUGCAUGUGUGUGUGUGUGUGUUUUUGUAGUUAUGUGUGAAAGUGUGUGUUUUAACAUCCUUUACGUCACAGCCACCGUGAGUCAGCUCCUCUCUUCCUUUCCUGAGUCACUCAUCAACCGGUUGCUUGGUGACUGCAGAGGGCUGAAAGUUUCCGAUUGCGUCUUUGUCUCCGUGGAUGGAUGAGCCCCGAUAUUUAUUCAGGCUCAGGAGUGAGUGGCCAAAUAAUGUAUGUGUGUGUGUGUGUGUGUGUGUGUGUGUGUACAUGGUUGCUUUCUGUGGACCAAAGGCUGAUCAGUCAGUUUUUAGAACAUCCUGUUGAUGCUGAUGGGAUGUCUGUGCAGAUCACCUGUAAAGAAGUUCAGUGGACUAGAUACAGACAAAAACAGACACUGAUGGGGAUGGGAGGGUGGGGGUUGACAUUUGUGUGUAACAGGAGUCAACGUGCACACGAAGUCCCAAAACCAAUUUAAAAAACUGCACUAUGACACAAUGACAUUUAAAUCAUGUUUGUUGUUUACGCUACCAACACUGUUUACCGUUAGCAGUUAUGUUCUUUCAUUGGUAUACACAACUUAGCAUAGCACCUGGUGACCAUAAUCACUCCUGGAGCUGCCAUUUAGUCCUAGCAGAUUUUAGCACUUCCGUACUGUAAGUUAACCAGCUAACCAGCUAAGUAAGCCUGUCUAGAUUUAGCUAAGAAAUUGGAAGGCUAGGUGGUCAGAUCUUCAAACUAUUAGGAGCAAUAUUCAAUCUUUGCUCUCCUGCAAUAACUUUUUUGGCCACAUAAGAGCAUUAGAAAUAAGUCACGGAAACAACUGGUACCAUAGUGGUCACAUAUUAGGCUAAAUGUGAUUAGCACUCUCUUUAGCUGCACUUUUCUUUGCCUGAGCUGAACUUUCAUUGAAGUUGACCCAAAUACACUCAUUAUCACCAAUAGCCACACCUUUCCUCCUUGUGAAAUUUAAUCAAUAAUUGCCUAACUAAGACCUGAGUUUUAAUGUUGAAUUUGUUCAUCAAGAUGUCCUUGCUGCUGCUUAUUCCAUUUAAACCUUUCUUUAAUUCUAAGUAAAUGUUUGAAUAUCCUUUGUUAGAUUGGGGGCUUUCAUCCAGCAGAAUCUUAACCCCUUUAAUGCGUAACACCACAAAUUAUGGCCAGAAAAUUUUCAGUUUUUUUAGAUGAAAUGUUUAUUUCACUUACGAUUAAAAACCAAAAAAAUCAAAAAAUUUAACAAAUAUAUUUAUUUAUCUUGUUUGAUACACUAGAUCUUUUUGGAAACUGAUAAACCACAAGAGAACAUUUUCAUCAUUUAUUUGACUGUAUUAAGGUGUUUUUUGAUAGUUUGUUGAUUUGAUAGAAGUAUCAUAAAAGUAUGUAUCAAAUAUGAUACAAAAGUUUAAUAAGUGAUUCCUUCAUACAGGGAUGAAGAGCUCCAGUUGUCGGUGCCUUCAUGUCAGAUGAUCCAGGCUGAUGAGGGCCUGCAGAGGAUCUGCACAGCCCUCCAGACACAGAAUAAAACCAGAAACUACAGAUCAAGCUUGGAAACAUGGCCGCCACCCGUCUUUAAACCCCCUCAAUGUUUAAGUCUUUCAAUGGAGCCCACCCAUCAGUCAAAAUGCACGUCUUUAUCUCCCUUUGUUUCAGUGUGCUCGACAGAGGCCCUCUGGGCGAGAUUGAUUUUAGAUAUGAAGGACUUUUUCAGUUUGAUCACAAAGGGUUUAAAUGUUGAGAUCCAGCAGGAUGAUAGGGUUAUCAUUUUCUGUAAUGAAGACAUCCCACUAACACUGUGUGGGGACAUUUGCAGCACGGAGGAUUAUGGGAGAUCUACAGGAGAUACAGGAUGGAAUAUAAGUGACAACAAUGUGAUAAGUGAUUUUAAACACUCCACUGCCAGCCAGCUUCACAAUCCAACCAGCAACGUCAACAGAUUUCUGAGGAUCCACGAUGAGGAUCCUCAGAAAUCCUGUCAAGUCUAUGGUGCUCCGAGAGUUUUAUCCAGAAGGGACAAGAAAGCAACAAAGAGGAAAAGCGUGUCCUUUGAUGAUGAUGUCACAGUCUACCUGUUUGAUCAGGUACUGUUGUUUAGUUGUUGCUGUAAUCAAAAACAUGGGAGGUUUGGGGUUUUGGUUAUGUGGGGGUUAAAUACUGACAGAUAUGUCCACUGUUAUUUUUAGGAGACUCCCACCUUGGAGCUGCACACUGGGCACUACACACCUCUGUCAAGCAGCUACUCCUGCAGCCCUCCAGAUGUCACCUUAGAAGACAUUGGUACUGAACUUUACUGAAUGCAAUGAUGUGACUAAGUAAGACAGUUCAAACCUUUUUUUCCUUGCUACUCAAAUCAUGAUAGAAUUGAAACCCCAGAAUUGAAAUAUUACAGAUUUUAUAACUAUCUGAGGGGAAUUUUUGUCAUUUAAGUAAAUAUUUUGCAAUUCCUUCAUUUAUAUAUAUCUCCAUGUGACUACCUCAAACUGAAAGACCUGUAACAAUGUAGCAAGAUCAGGGUGGGACCAAAGUGUAGACAAACAUCAAUGUUCUGCUAAAAGAUGCUGCAGGCUGUGGACACUUCAUUGUUGCUUACUGUGUGUUUGGUUGGUUUGCCUGCAGGCUUGGAGUGGGAAGACGACUUUUCAGCUCUGGAGAAAAACUGCCAUUUUCAGCAUGUCAGACACUCUCAGCACAACACCUUUUCCCUGUUGGGACAGAGCUGCGCUGACCUGUCCAGGCCGGAGUGGUUCUCUCUGUCCCAAAGCUGCCUGUUCCUCACACAUGUCACUGAGUCAGACCUUGAGCAGUGAGAUGAAGGAUUAUAUUUCUAUGUUCAUGCGGUGGCCAUUUUCCUCUGUGAUCAGGAUUAGGAGAGGAGGCUGUCUUUGACAUUUGGAUGUUUUUUAAUAUAUAAAGAUUCCUUUAAUGUUUGAUGUCAGCAUAGAUUAGCAUCAUUUCAAGUAUGACAAAAGCUGUGUAGAAAACCCUCACAUGGAUAACAUUACAGUAGUGUGCUCACAAUGAGGUAUAUCUCAUCAGCUUGGUAUUUGCAUUUAUUUUUAUUUUUAUUUUGGGGCUUUGUGUGCCUCUCUUUGAUGAAACAGAAUAGCACAAAAGCAGGAAAUAGGGUAAGAAUGUUAGGAGGAGCAGCUCAAAGAAUUAAAAUGUCCUAAAAAGUUAUUUUUCCCCCCUCAUAAUUGCAUCCAAAGAGUGAAACCUCCAUGUAUUCAGACCCAUCACACAUAAAGUGAAAUAUUUCUAGACUUUUGUGUUUGAUUUUAGAUGAAACAGUUUAUAACUCGCAGAAAUUUAAAAAAUCCACAAUCUGAAAACAGUAGAAUAUUGAGGAAAAGUCCAGUUUCUUUUCUUGAAGAGAAGAGAGCCUGUGAAUUAACAGUCAUGACCUCGGCAUACAACAUAAUGACAUAAUGAAGGAAAAUGGCUUCUGUGGGGGUUUGAUGAACACACACAAAGCUGGGGGUGCUGAUUGUCUUGACACAGUGGUGGCAGCCAAUCUAUCGCAUCAUCUGCCGCUAUCUAAAGGCCAUCUCGCUGUCACCAUGGCCGAAUGUGACAUCCACACUUGUUUUUCUGUCUGACACACAGCCUUGGCCUAAUGGAAAAACUGACGAACCGUCCAGAUCUCACCCUCUUUACCUCUUACUCCUCUCCCAGCUUCCCCUCCUUCCUCUUUUAUGAUGAGUCAGGGACUUAAACGGCCCCCCUCUCUUUAUAAAAAAAGCACCUGCCGUUCAUGACAUCACAACCAUGUAGGACAGUGUGACAGUGGAUUCAGCUUUCACAGUUGUUGGUAUGACACGGUCGUUGGCUAUGAUGUGAUAAAACAGACCAGUUGUGUAACAGAGCUGGUACCUGUCCAGUUGUGGAGCUCUUUGGGGACUGUUUUUCAUGUGAGGAUGUGUCCUUGGACUUGAGCUGUGAAAAAGAACCAUGUAAAUGUUUGUGAGAUAAAGAAAUUAAAAUGUUACUUGAUUCUA